CAACCAAAUAACAAUGUAUUCUGCCAGUGUUUUAUUGUUGGCUGUUGUUGGAAUCGCCACAGUCACAGCUCAUUAUGGUCAUCACGGCAUGUACAGAGGUUAUGGUUCAUUGUAUGGUAUUGGUUAUGGAUAUCCACGCUUUGGUUAUGGCUCUCUUUAUGGAGGUUAUGGUGGUUUUGGUGGAUACGGUUAUCCAUACGGUAGAAUUGGCUAUGGUUCUAUGUAUGGUGGCUAUGGAUAUCCAUACGGGGGAAUCGGCUAUGGAUUAAUGUAUGGCGGUUUAGGCUAUGGAGGUUAUAGAAGAUUUGGCGGAUAUGAUUACAAGUUUGGAAAACACUCACGUUACAUUUCCAGUAAAAAAUAUGGAUACGGUUAUUGAUCCCCGGAUGAGUUUUGUUUCUAAAGAACCAUUGACCUCGCUGUGAUUUUGAAUACUAGAUUGACAAUUUGACAAUACCAAUGCUUAGAAGUCGCGGUAUGCUUAUUUUACCUGACGUUACAUUGACCUGCAUCAUAGAAAUAUGGCAACACCAGUACCAGUUAAUACCAGAAGUUAUAACAGUGAACUUAUUAAAUGGACAAUAUGCUAACAUAUAACCAUAUCUCAUUUGUAAUUUAUUUGUUUCGGUUUGUAAAUUGCUAAAACAUUUAUUUUCACAGAAUAUUAAAAAAAAUAAAAAAAUACUUUAAUACUGUAAUAGUUUUGCUAAUGUGUAAACCCCUAUGUGUUAUUUUCUUCUUAUGUAUUGGAAUGCAUGUUGUUGUAUAUUAUGUUGUUUAUUAUUAAAGUGCAAUA